CAUAAAUUAUUUUUAGUUUGGUUUUUGUUGUGAUUGUGAUGUGAUGUGAUUGUGAAAUUAAUUUUUCCCUCGAGACGAGAAUGAUAGUUUUCGUAUUCUUUUCCUAUUAAAAAGAAUAUGUAGAUGUUACAGUUAUUUCAUGUCGAAAUCCAAUCUACCUAUAAAUAACAUUCAAAACCGAUACCACCAUGAAUUUUUCAAAAAUCAUUAGCACUAGCCUUUUUCAAAUUAUUUCACUAUUAUUUUUUAUUGUGUAUCUACUCGGCUUUCUAAAUACACAUUUCAGUGAUAGACAAAAUUAUUGUGUCAUGACUUAUAUGUUUGAAUAUCCACAAUUUGUGCGUAUUACGGUUCCUGAAGACAGCAUAUAUCCACAGUAUGCAUUAUACGCUUAUGGUGAAGGAAGGGUUACAGAAAAAGCCCGUAAAAUGUGGUUUGAUGGGAUUCCAGUGCUAUUUCUCCCCGGGAACUCUGGCAGUCACAUGCAGGGUCGUUCCCUGGCUUCAGUGGCUCUCAGAAAGGCAAUGUCUAGCCCACAUGAGUUCCACUUCGACUAUUUCAUGGUUAGCUUCAAUGAAGACUUGUCUGGCCUUUAUGGAGGUGUGCUUCCAAGUCAAACAGACUAUGCUGCUGCUUGCAUCAGAAAGAUCUUGAGUCUCUAUAAAACAAAUGCCUAUACAAAGACAGUGCCUACCUCUGUGAUACUUAUUGGCCAUUCUAUGGGAGGCUUAGUAGCCAAGCGGCUCUUAGCCUAUCCUGAUACCAUAGACGUGGCCAACAUAGCUAUUACCCUGGCAGCACCACUGGAGGCUCCAGUCAUCAACACAGACCUGGCCAUGGAUGAUUAUUACAAAAGCAUAGACCUUGAAUGGGGCUUGCAUGUUAAUGGGAAUCCAGAAGUCAAGAAUAAGAAGGUUCUGCUGACAUUCGGCAAUGGACCCCGAGAUCUGCUGGUGCCAUCUGGCCUGAUCGCCUCAAAUGAUAGUGAUCUGAAUGCUGUGGCAACCGCCAUACCAGGUGUGUGGGUGUCUCCAGACCACGUCAGCAUAGUGUGGUGCAAGCAGCUUGUGAUCACCAUCACUCGGUUCCUGUUCUCUAUAGUGGACCUGGCGACCAACCAGCUGACGCAGGACAAGCCGUUGGUCAUGAGCAAGGCGAGGAUGUACUUUCAAGCAAACCGCUCCACAACACUCAGUCCUGACAUCAAGAGGGCGGUGGUGAGCAUGCAGGCCGACGCGUUCUGGUACGAGGACAACCGGCGAGUCUACCAGAUAGCCAGACCCGAAAUAACCAAAACGACGUAUCUGAUGAUAAGGCUGGUGAAUUACCCUCAGAAUCGCUUCGUGGCGAUAGAAGGAGUCAAUGCGGACGACAAGGACUGGCUGUUCGGGUGUAACGCUCAGCAUGUGUAUGGCACACAUCGAUAUUGUAAACAAGCGACGUCGCUAUCCGAUCUGACCCGCUGGGCCGGCGCCGCCACAGACUUCGGGCGACGGAAGCUGGCGACUGUCAUCCUGCAUGAUGUCAAGGCGAAGAAUCCUGGCUGGUCGCACGUGGUGGUGAGAGUGUCGCCUACUAGGAGACCUAUUGUCCUAAACGUCGACAUAAACGACCUCGCGUCUAGACGGAUCACCGUAGACCUACCGUCAGACUUCUCCGUCUCAAAACAAGUGAUCAGACAGGAAACGGAAGCGGGCAGUCUGUACUACGAACUGAUACUGCCAGGCUUCAACCGGGUGUACCAGGCGUUCUACUUGUAUGUGGAGCCGACGCCGCGGUGCAAAGCUAGUCAGUACCAUGCGUCCGCUGAAGUGCAUGUGCCGUGGGCUGAGAAUCAUGAGUAUACGCAUUAUUUUACGCAGCUGAAACGAUCUCCUAUGAAACUCCGACUGUUCAAAAGCAACCCCAAUUCUACAGUAGGAUCAGAUGACAAAGACCAUGUGAAAAUCACCCUACUACUGGAUCCACAGUGCACUUAUACGAUAAGCAUCGCAAACUCAUGGUACCACCGGCUAGCCCAGCUAACCCGACACUACACUCCAGUGCUAGUGCCCUACGUAGCAGCUAUAGUGCUUCUAGCAGCUAGGUCCAACCUACAACACCUGUGGAAAGAGGGCUCGUGUCUGUCGAUGCAUAGUGCGUUGAUGAGCGACGGAGUCAAACCGUAUUACUCGCUGGUUUACAGCCGGUUCGCUGUUUUGGGUUUGAUGACAAUCCCAACCCUAACCUUCGUAUUCGAGAGCUCGAGCUGGAAGCACCUGGAGCUGCGCUACUUCUGCAAGUCCCUCCUAGUUCUGCCGGCGUACCUGGCCGCCCUGGGGCUGGUCAAUGUGGUGGCGCUGGCGUUUCUAGCUGUCAUGGUGUCCUCGUCUCAGCUGGCGCAUCGGUUGCUGUUUAGGAUAGUCUGGCGCGGUGGCCCCAACCUGGCCGAGAAGGUGGCGUCAGGGCUCCAGAAGCUGCCCCUGCUAGUGAGCCUCAUACUGGUGAUGUCUGCGCCGCUGUCGUGUGGCGCCGCGUCGCUGGCCGCCGGCGCCGCGUUCUAUGCGUUUAUGAUCUCAAAAAUGUACGAAGAGUACCUAGAAGAUUACGUAUACAAAAUUAUGGCGAGAAUAGCCGCUCGAAUUUGUCGAGUGUUCUCGAAAAAACGACCUAACACAGAAACUGAUACUCAGAGUAACGCAGCCUUAGUGCCCAAAGAAGAUACUACUAGUCAAAUUAGUGCGAAAAAAACGAGUGAAGAAAAUAAUCCAAAAGAAACUAAAGAGAUUGUAGAUGUUAGCAAUAAUAAAGAUACAGAGAACGAAAAUAAAGAUACAGACAUAGAUAAUGCAAUUAAAGAUAAAGAAUUCAAGUCGGAAGAAACUCAAGCAUUAGUAGCAGUUUCUGACAGCGAGACUAGACAAGAGGUAGAAUCUAAAGAAGAAUCAAAGAAGUCUAGAAGAAGAAGGAAGUCAGAUCAUGAGAUGGACGAGGAAUUGAGCAAUUUGCAUUUUCAUACCAUGAUGUUCUUCUUGUGGAUGGUUGUGACUUUAAUAAAUGUGCCAUGUUUGUUAACUUGGGCUAGGAAUUUUAAGUAUUCAAUGGUGCUAAAGCCUGAUACCUCAUACCACACUGGCCUAAUAAUGUCAGUUUGCUCCAGUGCGGUGUGGCAAAUAGAAGGACCAAGACGAAACAAGAGAUGCAGUGAGUUUCUAUCAGCCCUUCUCUUCGCAAUGGCUGUGUUUAUACUAUCGCUGGGGCCUCUGUCUCUAACUAUUGUCAACUACAGUGUGACCUUUAUGUUUGCUAUGAUCACUGUGCAACAGUAUGUCAAUAUCUUCGAUGAAGAUGUUGUAGCUGAAGAAACCCCAGUGGAAAAACCACAAGAUUGUGAUAAUUCAUCAUCAAAAGAAGAUAGAAAUGAUGAGCCUGGACCUUCUCAUAGCGGUGACAAGACCAGUGAUGCUGAUGACAAAACUCAGAGUAGUGAAGCAACUCAAAGCACCCCAGACUGUAAUGUUUGCAAUGAGAAUAGAAUAUAUAAUGUUUUUAAAAAUUUAAGGGAGAAAUUCAACUUUAAUGAAGAUUUAUGAACCUCAUAAUUUUAUUUACUUAGUUGUUAUGUUAUUUGUGAAAUGAGUUUAGAUAUUUAUUUUGGCAUUAUGAUAUUAUUAUAACUAAUAUACAGUUUUAACUACUCAUAAGUAGACUCAUGUAAAUAUUAUUUAUUAAAUUUGUGUAGGUAAGUACAUUGCUUAUUGCUAUUGUGGCCUAUUUAAGGUAGGUGUAAUUUAUGUUCUGUUUAUUCUUUGAUGAGAUUGAUUGCGCUGGAUUUAUGGCUAAUAAACGGAUAGGCAUUGUCAAAUUA